CGCGCUCUCCGACUUCGUAGGGCUCCGAAUUCUACCUUUUCUCCCUGAGGCUCGCCAUGGCGAGCCGAGGGGCUCGGCAGCGCGUGAAGGGUAGCGGGGGCAGCGGCGGCAGCAGCGGCCCAUCCGCCUUGGCCGUACAGCAGGAGCUGCCUUGCGGCCGAGAGGCGGGCGGCGCGGAGCACCGGACCGAGUUAUCUGGAAACAAAGCAGGACAAGUCUGGGCACCUGAAGGAUCUACUGCUUUCAAGUGUCUGCUUUCAGCAAGGUUAUGUGCCGCUCUUCUGAGCAACAUCUCUGACUGUGAUGAAACUUUCAACUACUGGGAACCAACACACUACCUCAUCUAUGGGAAGGGGUUUCAGACUUGGGAAUAUUCUCCAGUGUAUGCCAUUCGCUCCUAUGCUUAUCUGUUGCUUCAUGCCUGGCCUGCUGCAUUUCAUGCAAGAAUUCUACAAACUAAUAAGAUUCUUGUCUUUUACUUUCUGCGAUGUCUCCUGGCUUUUGUGAGCUGUAUUUGUGAACUUUACUUUUACAAGGCUGUGUGCAAGAAGUUUGGGCUGCAUGUGAGUCGAAUGAUGCUGGCCUUCUUGGUUCUCAGCACUGGCAUGUUUUGUUCAUCAUCAGCAUUCCUUCCUAGUAGCUUCUGUAUGUACACAACGUUGAUAGCCAUGACUGGGUGGUAUAUGGACAAGACUUCCAUUGCUGUGCUGGGAGUAGCUGCUGGGGCUAUCUUAGGCUGGCCAUUCAGUGCAGCUCUUGGUUUACCCAUUGCCUUUGAUUUGCUGGUCAUGAAACACAGGUGGAAGAGUUUCUGUCAGUGGUUCCUGGUGGCCCUAAUGCUCUUUCUGGUGCCUGUGGUGGUCAUUGACAGCUAUUAUUAUGGGAAGUUGGUGAUUGCACCACUCAACAUUGUUUUGUAUAAUGUCUUUACUCAUCAUGGACCUGAUCUUUAUGGUACAGAACCCUGGUAUUUCUAUUUAGUUAACGGGUUUCUGAAUUUCAAUGUAGCCUUUGCUUUGGCUCUCCUGGUCUUGCCACUAACUUCUCUUAUGGAAUGCCUGCUGCAGAGAUUUCAUGUUCAGAAUUUAGGCCAUCCAUAUUGGCUUACCUUGGCUCCCAUGUAUAUUUGGUUUAUAAUUUUCUUCAUCCAGCCUCACAAAGAGGAGAGAUUUCUUUUCCCUGUAUAUCCACUUAUAUGUCUCUGUGGUGCUGUGGCUCUUUCUGCACUUCAGAAAUGUUACCAUUUUGUGUUUCAACGAUACCGCUUGGAGCACUAUACUGUGACAUCGAACUGGCUGGCAUUAGGAACAGUCUUCCUGUUUGGGCUGUUAUCAUUUUCUCGUUCUGUGGCACUGUUCAGAGGAUAUCAUGGGACUCUUGAUUUGUAUCCAGAAUUUUACCGAAUUGCUACGGACCCAACCAUCCACACUGUCCCAGAAGGCAGACCUGUAAAUGUCUGUGUAGGAAAAGAGUGGUAUCGAUUUCCGAGCAGCUUCCUUCUGCCUGAUAAUUGGCAGCUUCAGUUCAUUCCGUCAGAGUUCAGAGGCCAGUUACCAAAACCUUUUGCGGAGGGACCUCUAGCCACACGGAUUGUUCCCACAAACAUGAAUGACCAGAACCUAGAAGAGCCAUCCAGAUAUAUCGACAUCAGUAAAUGCCAUUAUUUAGUGGAUUUGGACACCAUGAGAGAAACACCCCGGGAGCCGAAAUAUUCAUCUAAUAGAGAAGAAUGGAUCAGCUUGGCCUACAGACCAUUCCUUGAUGCUUCUAGAUCUUCAAAGUUGUUGCGGGCAUUUUAUGUCCCCUUCUUGUCAGAUCAGUAUACCGUGUAUGCAAACUACACUAUCCUCAAACCCCGGAAAGCAAAGCAAAUCAGAAAGAAAAGUGGAGGUUAGCAACACACCAGUGGCCCCAAAGGACAACCGUCUUGUUAACUAGUGAUUCCACUGACCUGACUCCAAGCCAUCACCUGUAACAUUUGUAAUAAAGGUCUUCUGACAUGAAUACUGGAA